AUGCUCCCCACACUCCUUACUCUCUUCCGCCGCGAUUGCAAUGGCGACGAAACCAUGUCCAGCUGCACAAAGCCCACCAGCGCAGCGGUGACGAUCGGUAUCCCCGCCGCAAUAUCAGGGGUUAUCAUCAUAACCGCCAUUAUCGUCCUGAUAGUCCUCUACCACAAGCGCAUGCGUCGCGAUGACCGCGAAGACCUAGAAGACCGUAAACGCAAAUCAGGCUUCUAUGCUCGCUACGCGACACAGCGAUUCGGCACUGAGGGAGCACCACCAUCGAAUGGACGUCCCUAUACUUCCGAGUCGCGGCGUAGCUCCGGCGAGUCAAUCUUUGAUUUCAAGCAGGAUCAUGGUCCCUAUCACCUUGCUCAGUUUCAGAGUCCUGAGGUGCCGAAGCCCGUGGCUACUAGGGUUGUUUCCUAG